AUGAACCUCAUCCCCGUGAAACCCUUCCACGGGAGAUCCGAUGAAUGCGUCGACGAUUUCAUCGAGUCUAUCAACCUAUACUUCUCCUCGCGCCCCAUGACAGAACUCUACCCCACCGAGGAGCAACAAAACAGGGCAAAGCUAGUCCUCCUCAAGCACAAGCUCAUGGGUAAAGCUGUCACAUGGGCAUUCUACCGGCCCGAUGAUGUCCGGCUUUCGUGGGAAGAGAUGAGCAAAGAACUGAAGCAGGAGUACGAUGGCCCUAGAAGAAGAAGACUGGAAAAGAUGAUAAAGGCAGAGAGAGAGAUCAUCGUGUUGAGGCAGGGAAAGCUCUCUCUGAAGCAAUAUAUUAGAAAGGCCACUCGCAUAAGGUCUCAUUUACUUCGAUAUGAAUCGUGGGACCACGCUGCAGCGAGGUGUUUCAUCAGGGGUAUCGAGGAUAUGAACACUAGACUCCGUGUCACUCAAAUCGGCGGCUUAGUACACGUACCUGAUUCGUAUACACUAUCUCAAGCAAUUGAGGCUACCAGAUCUUUCCUAAGACAACGCAAGUGGGAGGAGCAGGUGAGAGGGGGUGGAGAAGCCCACGCGUACGAACCGUCAGACUUGAAUGCAGAGAGCAGCAGUAGCAACGAUAAUGACGAAUCAGUAGGGGAGGGGGGGGAGCGGAGGGAACACCAGGGGAAGAACACCAAAACUAUUGCCAUCACGGAGGCAAAUCUUACAGAUUUUAAGAGGAUAUUGCAGGAUGUGUUGCAACCCAUCAGAGAAAAUCUAAACCGGAUCGAAACGAGUAGUUACCCCGCAACAUAUCCACCGGCAGUUCAGUAA